CCGUCACUGCGCGGCGCCGCUGCGGCCGCCGGCCCGGGGUCCGCCAUGGCGUCGGGGGGCGCCGCCGCCCGCGCCGCCGAGGAGCCGCCGCCGCCCGAACCGCCCGCCGAGCAGAAGCCGCCGCCGCCGCCGCUGCCACCCGUGCAGGAGGAGUUCUCCUUCCUGCCGCUCGUCCACGACAUCAUCAAAUGCAUGGACAAGGACAGCCAGGAUGUUCAUCAGGUGCUGAAUGAGCUGAAGAACAAGUUCCAGGAGAUGCGGAAGCUGAUCAGCUCCAUGCCGGGCAUCGGUGUGAGCCCAGAGCAGCAGCAGCAGCAGCUGCAGAACCUGCGGGAGCAGGUCCGGACCAAAAACGAGCUGCUGCAGAAGUACAAGAGCCUUUGCAUGUUUGAAAUCCCCAAGGAGUAAGAAGGACGCAGCUCUGCUCUGCGGGUCUGAGAUACCUCCUCUCCCGGCUGAACAGGAGAGAAAAAGAUGGCAGAAGUUUACAUUUCUUUCUUUUACGCAUUUUUGGUGGCGUUGCUCUGAAGUUGUGUCUGUGUGGAUGACAGGCAUGUGACACUGAACCAGAACACUGUGUGCUUCACACAUGAUGAUUACAGCGGAACAUUCGCUUUGAUCUGCUGUAGGGCUGUGCGUUUAUAUCUGCAUCUCUUCUGUUUUCUCUCGGGGUGGGGUGAGGUGGUAUUUUUUUACAUUCAAGCAAGCAGGAGACACGAUGUUUUCUCCUCUCUAAGGGUCAAAGUACCUGCUGGUUAACUUCAGCAAGAAAAAGGGGACACUUUCUGCAAUUUUUUUUCACUUUGAAGUGGCCAGACAUCAAAAGGCAGCAUGAGGGGAGUGUGAGCUGUUUGGCCUCGCUCCUGGAAAGGGUCUCUGGGGCACUUCCAGUCUCUGUGUGUCGCGAGAGGAAAGAUUGCUUUCAGUUACUUUUGUAUUUCUCUCUCUUUCUCUCUUUUUAUACAAGUGAUGGUUGUGUCUGAGAUGAGUCGAGUAAAGAUGUGGAAAUUCCA